AUGUCGACUUUGAUACCACCACCAUCAAAAAGGCAAAGGAGAGAGGCACAAAAGCCGAGGGAAGUGAAUAUAGUUCCGAAGGACUUACCUAAUGUGUUAAUAAAGUUUGAAGCAUCCGACACAGGAAAAUCAAUAGGAGGCUCCUUAAGGGUUCCAGGUGGAAUCACAGAGAAGCAAUUGGAGGAGCUUUUGAACAAGCUUAAUGGAACUCCAGAUGAUUAUGUUCCGUAUUCGUUUGCACUGAAAAAUGGAGAUGAUCAGAUAGACAUUAAAGAUAAUUUGUAUACAUCGAUUUUGAAGCCGGGCAUUAAGACAACAGAGGACUUUUUGACACUUGUUUACACGCCAAGGGCAGUGUUUAAGGUCAGACCUGUUACCAGGGCUUCGGCUACUAUUGCCGGACAUGGAUCUACCAUAUUAGUUGCACAGUUUGCUCCAAAUACAAGCUCUAGGAUGGUUACAGGAGCAGGAGAUUCAACGGCCAAGAUUUGGGACUGUGACACUCAAACGGUUCAACAUACUCUUCGGGGUCAUACAAACUGGGUUUUAUGUGCUGUAUGGUCUCCAAGAGGAGAUGUUAUUGCAACCGGAUCAAUGGAUACAACAAUUAGAUUAUGGGAUGCCAAAACAGGCAAAAAUAUUGGUGGACCGUUGAAAGGCCAUAGGAAAUGGAUUAGUUCUCUUUGCUGGGAGCCUUUACAUCUUGUGAAACCGGGAGAAAGUCCAAAGCUGGUAUCAGGAUCUGAAGAUGGAACAGUCAAAGUCUGGGAUACGAAAAGACGGCUUUGCUUGAUGACUAUGUCCGGUCAUAAAGGUGCCGUUUCGUGUGUGAAAUGGGGUGGUUCAAAUCUAAUUUACUCUGGUUCUCACGAUAAAACCAUCAAGGUGUGGGAUGCCAAAAAUGGAAGAUGUACUCAAACUUUAAAGGCGCAUGCACAUUGGGUCAAUCAUCUUGCUCUUUCUACGGACUUUGCACUUCGAGUUGGUGCCUACGAUCAUACAGGUAAGAAGCCUCAGAAUGAGCAACAGGAGAGGGAGCUUGCUUUAAAGAACUACAAUAAGGUUGCCAGAGUUGGCGGUAGAGAUUCUGAGCGGCUUGUCAGUGCAAGUGAUGACUUUACUAUGUUUUUAUGGGAUCCAGAACAUUCGACGAAGCCAAUUCAUAGAAUGACGGGACACCAAAAAUUGGUUAAUCAUGUUUCAUUUUCCCCCGAUGGAAGAUAUGUUGCCUCUGCAUCUUUUGAUAAUUCUGUUAAACUUUGGGAUGGAAGAACAGGAAAGUUUAUUGCAUCUCUCCGGGGACAUGUUGCUCCUGUUUAUCAAACUGCUUGGUCUUCGGACUCAAGGCUUUUGGUCAGUUGCUCUAAGGACUCUACACUCAAGGUGUGGGAUAUUCGCUCCAGAAAGCUUCUUUGUGAUCUUCCGGGUCAUAAGGAUGAAGUCUAUGCUGUUGAUUGGUCGGUUGAUGGUGGAAAAGUCGCUAGUGGUGGAAAAGAUAAAACUGUCAGACUUUGGAUGCAGUAA